AGCGAACGGCGCCUCAUUCCUCCUCACAGCGUGUGUCAGAUACAGGGAGAUCUGCCCGGAGAUAUAUUUACAACCACCGGAUAAGUCAGCCUUUACCUACUUGACUUCAAUUUUUGAAAAAUAUAUUCAUCUACCUGAGACUCCCUCAGAAUGGCUGACACCGUAGUGGACACCACCAAAGACGUUAAAACUAAGGACCUGAAGGAGAAGGAGAAGGAAAAGGCUACGGAGGAAAUUGAAAAAAAAGAAAAUGGAAGCGGUGAUGCUCCAGCGAAUGGAACAGAAGAGGAGGAGAAUGGGGCAGAACAUGUUGAUGAGAAUGCAGAGGAAGUAGAUGAGGAAGAGGAAGAAGAUGAAGAUGGUGAAGGUGAAGAGGAUGGUGAUGAGGAAGAAGGUGCUGAGGAGGAAGGAGAUGAUGCAGAUGGUCAUGCAGCAAAGCGUCCUGCAGAGGAAGAGGAUGCAGUCGAAAGCAAGAGGAAAAAGUCAGAAAAUGGAGAGUCAACAAAAUCCAAGACUGAAGCUUAAACAUUCCUUUGUUUAAAAUUUUAUAUCUUGAUGGUGUGGUCAAGUUCACGAUGUAGAGAGUGUGCUUUUUCUUGUACAUUUGCAGAGUGAGUUUUUAUAUUGUACUGUACAACUGGUUCUUGAAACACCUGUCCAAGGCAUUGCUCUGGGGGAUAUUUGUUUUUUUUAUGAAGUUAUUUAUUAAAUGGUCUUUGUACAACCACGUUUGUAAUGGGUUUGAAUGCAGUAAUAAGUUUUGGGUCUGUUUCAAAAUGGGUUUAGAACUUGAAUUUGUACAUUUCAGAAGCACACACUUUACAGUUUACUGACCAUGUUCUUAUUUCAAGAAAAAAAUAAUUACUGCCCUUCUUUCUUUUUGUAAAUUGUGCUUAGGGUAUAGGUUCAUAUGCAAUGAAGGCCAAAGAUAUAGGUCUUGCUAAGUUGGGUAGGGGGGAAAUAAAAUUGGUCUUCUAUUCUGUACAAAAAUCCAAAAAUAAGAAAAAAAUACUUUCUUCAAGCUCCACAGUUUUUUGCUGUUUUUGUUUGUGGUGCCGUACAUUUCUAGUAAAUUGACAGGGUCAAUUUGUAAAUUUUGAACUCAUUGUGAUGUAUGCUUAAAACCCAUGGUUUAAGGAAUUGAUUGAAUUAGUGUCAUUUUUCCAUAUUGAACAAGGUUUAAAUUUGUAUACCUCAUUAGUUCAUGCUUGACCACUACUUUGUAUAUUCUGGUUAAGUACUAUAAAUAAAUCUGGGUUUUUUAAAA